AUGGUGGGUGUGGAGCCGCCGCCGGCGCCCGCGCGAACUCCGAUUGGCGCGAGGCUGGCGGCCCGUGGGGUGAGGCCGAGGAAGGUCUCCGCCAAGCGUUCUUGGCCGCCCGGCUGCGGCCGCUUCGCCCCUGCCCCGCCUGCCCCCGAGGCCGGCGGCGGUGAGAAGGGCGCCGCCGGUGGCGUUAUCGAUGGCGGAGUGGAGGAGGCAGCCGGCCACGCCGGCGUUUCCUCCGCCCCGUGCAACAGCGACCUCCCGCCCGUUCCGCCUCAGCCGGAGACUGAGGGGUUGGUGGAGGAGAAGAAGGAUGGUGGAGGAGCGGACAUCGCCACCGCGUCUGUUUCUUCCGCGGCGUGCAACGGCGACCUCACACCUGCACCGCCUCAGCCAGAGACUAAGGGGCUGGUUGAGGUGAAGGAGGAUGGUGGAGGAGCGGACAUCGCCACCGCGUCUGUUUCGUCCGCGGCGUGCAACGGCGACCUCACACCUGCACCGUCUCAGCCAGAUACUAAGGGGCAGGUGGAGGAGAAGGAGGGUGGAGAACAGGACAUCGCCACUGCGGCCGUUUCUUCCCCGGUGUGCAACGGCAGCCUCCCGCAAGCCCUGCCUCUGCCGGAAACAGAGGGGGUGGAGGAGAGGAAGGAGGGUGGAGAGGAACAAUUGCCGGACAGUGGCAAUGUGCAGUCAUCUAAUGGCCUUUCAGAGAGCAUGGCGAUCGAGGUUAUGCCGCUGGCGUUUGCUGCUCCGCAUAAUUUUACUGUUGCUGCUGUCAAUGGUUUUGUCGACCAUGGCGGGCAUGGGGCCGAGUCCCCUCUGAUGGAGGGCAAGGGAGGCCUGGGGAGUGAUCAACUGGUUAUGGAGGAGGAUCUGACUGGCAAUGGGGGUGGUGGUGUGAUGGAAAGCAGAGUUGAUUCUGGUGAAUUGGGGAGGGAGGACCAUGGGCAUGAUGCAGUCAGAAAGAAGAGGUGGUUAAUGUCUGUUGUGAAUCCACCUCCCAAGAGGAGAGCCGUCUCGGCUAUACGCAAAUUUCCCCCUGGCUGUGGGAGGUCUGCUGUUACGGCAACUGGCGGCAGAGAUGACAAAGUGCUUGUAUCGGAUGCCACACCUAUCAGUUUUGCCACCGGGGCUGCCUCCGUAGCAGAUGCCUUGCACACGGCUCCAGCUUCAGGUCUUGGUGCUUCUCCUGUGUUAUUAAAGCAAGAUGCUUCUAAUAAUGAGGCGAAACGCAAAAGAGCAGGGGUGGCAGUUGCAGAAACUAACAAGGCACACGGUAAGAACCAGGAAUCUCAUGUUGUCGAUGGUGUUGUUUCUAGUGAUUUUGUAGGCAGGCAGCCUGAUAGCGGCUGUCCACAGAAUGCUGUUACAAAAGCUUCACCAAGGCAUGGUUUCGGUGAAAAUGUGAAUGGGAAGAGGCCAUUGCAUGAAGGGAAGCAUGUAGCACUAGUAGCUAUGGAUCGUGAGGUGAGACGCAAAGUCGAAGGAAGUUUGCAGGAAGGUACAACUAAGAGUCAUGGGAGAGGUCUUGUUGAUGCAAAGACAUAUGUCAAGCGGCCAAAGAGUAGUGUCACAAUGAGAGACACAUUGCCAGAUGAUAUAGAGGUCUCUAGGGAUAGCAUGCCAAGAAACAACAAUUCGGACACUCGGAGAGGCAAUGAGCGCUCCAAUAGUGACAUGAAGCAAGGCAUUGCUAAGUUGAAGAGUAAUGCCAUAGGCAAGGGCUGUUUGAAUAGGAAAUCUAAGGAGUCUAGGUGUGGAAAUCAUGAUGCGGCCGAUCAAAUUGAAGAACAUGACGAUCUGAACUUCGUUGCCGAUAAGGUAAUUGUACAAGCAUUGAUGGCCCCGGACAAAUGCCCAUGGACAAAAGGAAGGAAGUCUAUUGGUAGUGCUUCUAGUUCUCUUCCUCCUAGGAGCAAGUCUCUUCCUCGUAGGAACAAUAAGAAAAAGGAUGAUACUCCAAGAAAAGAAUUGCCCCCCAAACCGACCCCUUCUAUAGAGACCGUUAACAACACAAUCGAGGACCAAGAACAUUCUUGCUCCGAAGAUGACGAUGCCUCUAUGGCAUUAGUUGUUGAUGAAAGAAAGAAAGAGUUUUGUGUCACCCUCCCUCCUUGUGCUCCUUUUGGGGACCAAAGCGUUGAUGCCCGAAGCAAAGCCAAGAAGUUGCUUAAGUUGUUCCAAUUGAUAUGUCGGAAGCUCAUGCAAGCCGAGGAACAAGGUACACGUAAGGUUGGAAGAAUUGACAUUGAGGCCGUCAACGCUAUCAAGAAGAACUAUGAAGGAUAUACUAAGCCCGGGCCUAUUGUCGGCAAUGUUCCCGGUGUUGAUGUUGGCGAUGAAUUUCACUUUCGAGUUGAGUUGUCAAUUGUUGGACUACAUCGGCCGUACCAAGGAGGUAUUGACACUGCCAAGGUGAAUGGUAUCCCCGUUGCAAUAAGCAUUGUCGCUUCCGGUGGGUACCCCGAUGAAUUGUCUAGCUCGGACGAGUUAAUAUAUACGGGCUCCGGAGGUAAGGCCAGCGGCAAGAAGGAGGCGGAAGAUCAAGAGCUUAAGCGUGGUAAUCUUGCCUUGAAGAAUUGCAUCGAAGCUAAGACGCCGGUCAGGGUGACUCAUGGGUUCAAAGGUCAAAGCAAAGGUGAAGCCGGGAAUUCUAAAUCCAAGCAAGUAUCGACAUACACUUAUGAUGGGCUGUACAUGGUGGUGGAUUGUUGGCAAGAAGGAGAAAAGGGGUCGAUGGUCUUCAAGUACAAGUUGAAAAGGAUCCCGGGUCAACCUGAAUUAGCUUUGCAUAUAGUCAGGGAGACAAGGAAGUCCAAAGUUCGGGCAGGUCUUUGUUGUCCUGAUAUAUCUCAGGGAAAAGAGAGGAUUCCCAUAUGUGUGAUCAACACAAUUGAUGAUAUGCAGCCAGCACCAUUCAAGUAUACCACCAAAGUCAUAUAUCCACCUUCAUAUGCAAAAGAAACCCCAAAAGGUUGUGAAUGCACCAACGGUUGCUCUGACUCUAGUGGAUGUGCUUGUGCCGUGAAGAAUGGAGGGGAAAUCCCAUUCAAUUUCAAUGGUGCAAUUGUUCAUGCAAAGCCUCUCAUAUAUGAGUGUGGUCCAUCAUGCAGGUGCCCUCCAACAUGCCACAAUAGGGUGAGCCAGCAUGGGGUAAAAAUUCCACUGGAAAUAUUCAAGACAGGAGAGACAGGCUGGGGUGUAAGAUCUCUCAGUUCUAUCUCUUCAGGCAGUUUCAUAUGUGAGUAUGGAGGUCAGUUAUUGCAAGAUACAGAAGCUGAAAAGACAGAGAAUGAUGAGUACCUGUUUGAUAUUGGUCAUAACUAUGAUGAUGAAGAACUUUGGAAGGGUCUUCCAUCAAUGAUUCCAGGUUUAGAAUCUUCUACCCCUGAGACAAUGGAGGAAGCUGUGGGCUUCACGAUCGAUGCUGCAAAGUGUGGCAAUGUCGGAAGGUUCAUCAACCAUAGCUGUACCCCAAACCUGUAUGCACAAAAUGUCCUCUGGGACCAUGAUGACAAGAGGAUGCCGCACAUUAUGUUUUUCGCUGCAGAGAACAUUCCUCCGAUGCAAGAGCUGACUUACCACUACAAUUAUACAAUAGGUCAAGUCCGUGACAAGAAUGGCGAGGAAAAGAUAAAAGAAUGCUUGUGUGGUUCAUCUGAGUGUUGUCACAGGCUCUACUAAGUUGUUGGUGACUGGUGAUGGUAAUGUUCAUAUUCAGUGGAAAUCAGUCCUAUCAUGGCAGUGCUCAUUCGCUGUGCCCUUCUGGUCACUUUGCACUCGCUGAUGACAUGUAGUCUUUGUUUUCUGUUCUACUAGAACUCUUAUCCGUUACUACAUUUUGAAGAGCAUAUGAGCUAGAGUAGCUCACCCUUUUCAUCUACCUAAGUGAGACUUCAAAGGAGUAAUUUGAAGCGUCUAGAACCAAGCAUUUUGCCCUUUGCACAUUCUCCUCGUGAAAUCUUCGCAUGGUACUGAAGGAUACAAAUGUGCAGUGAUUAGCUUGUUGGAGCUUCGUUGUUUUUUGUAGGUUAGUAGUUGCAUCAACGUAGUAGGAUAGAGGAUAGCCACAAUUGUUCAGAGCUGCGCAGGCCUGAGUUCCGCUCUUCCGAUGCCUGGGGGACAAACUGCAUGACAGGUUGCUGUGAAAUGCCUCUGCAUAAGGACUGCCCGCAUCAUUUUGCUCAGUUGUGGAUCACAAGGCUGCAGCAAGCUGGUGACUGAAGUUGUGGAUUCCAAUGUUCUUUUCUAUUUUGUGUUUAAAAAUGACCAUCUUGGAUCAAAAGCUUUCCUUAGAAUACUGCCAGCUCUUCCUGAUUGUAGUGUUAUUUUGCACUACUAUCCGAU